AAACAACUACUGUUUAUCAAUUACUUGAGAAUAUUUGAAAAAUUUCCAACAACUAAUGACGAUGAGAUAAGAAUCAGAGAGCACUUGUGAAUGAUACGGUCAACCGCCCACUAACGGAUGUUGCGCUCUCCAGUCGACUGCUUUAAAUAUGCGAUCUCUACGGCAAUCACAAACAGUAUUUUUGCAGUCGUCUGCCGUGUUGUUUCAAAAGUGGUAUUUCUCUUCGAAAAUGCGAAAAAUAAUUUCGCUAGUUUUGCUGCUGGCACUUGCUUUUGCCUGCGAUGGCAAGGUCGGGCAGUCAGCUGCGGCUCCAAGUGAGUGGUGGCAGUCCGCACAGUUUUACCAGAUUUAUCCGCGCUCUUUUAUGGACUCCAAUGGUGAUGGUAUUGGCGACCUGGCCGGGAUCACGUCGCGUUUGAACUAUUUGAAGGAUUUGGGUGUUACUGCCGUUUGGCUCUCGCCCAUCUACACCUCACCAAUGGCGGAUUUUGGAUACGACAUUGCCGACUUUUUCGACAUACAACCUGAGUAUGGCACUUUGAAUGACUUUGACAACCUUGUGCAGGAGGCCAAUAAGCUUGGAUUGAAAGUGAUUUUGGACUUCGUGCCAAAUCACUCGAGUGACGAGAACGAGUGGUUUAAGAAAUCUGUUCGCCGUGAGCGUGGUUACGAGGACUAUUACAUGUGGCACGAUGGUUAUAAAAAUGAGAAUGGCACACGCGUGCCGCCGAACAAUUGGCUACAAGCUUUCCGUGGUUCCGCCUGGGAAUGGAACGAGCAGCGCCAACAAUAUUAUCUCCAUCAAUUCGCGGUAAAACAACCCGACUUGAACUAUCGAAACCCCGCCGUGGUGGCGCAAAUGAAGCGCGUCCUUACCUAUUGGUUGGAUCGUGGUGUUGCUGGUUUCCGUGUUGAUGCCGUACCAUGGUGCUUCGAGGUAUUGCCCGACUCGACUGGCCGCUAUCCAGAUGAGCCGAAGAGUGGCUAUACAGACGACCCUGAUGAUUCCAGUUACCUGUUGCAUAUAUACACGCAAGAUCUACCGGAAACCGUGGAUAUGGUGUACCAAUGGCGUCAGUUACUGGAUGACUAUCAGCGCAUACAUGGCGGCGAUAGACGUGUGCUGCUGACUGAGGCUUGGUCACCGCUGGAUUACGUAAUGGAAUUCUAUGGAAACCGCACGACAGAGGGUGCACAAAUGCCAUUCAAUUUCCAAUUCAUUGUUGGCGGCAAUUCAGAUAAGAACAACACGGACUUGCCAGCGUCUGGUUUCGUGAAGAUCAUCAGCAGUUGGUUGGACAAAAUGCCAAGCGGACACGUAGCCAAUUGGGUGAUGGGCAACCACGAUCAGCGACGUGUGGGCAGCCGUUACGGUGAGGGACGUAUAGACACCAUGAAUAUGCUGCAGAUGUUCCUACCGGGAGUUAGUAUAACAUACAUGGGCGAAGAGAUCGGCAUGACGGAUUUGGAUAUCUCUUGGGAAGAUAGUCGCGAUCCCGCCGCUUGCAAUUCAAAUGCGAAUAUUUACGAACAAUUUACACGCGAUCCGGCGCGUACACCCUUCCAGUGGAGCAAUAAUUCCAACGCGGGUUUCUCCACCAACAGUACCACAUGGUUGCCCAUCAAUCCCAACUAUGUGACUGUGAAUGUGCAGACCGAGGCAGAUGCGCCAAAGAGUCACUUGACAAUUUAUAAGCAGCUGGUGGAGCUGCGCAAAUCGAAAACGCUGCAAGAGGGCGAUGCCAGCUAUGCAGCCAUUGGCGAUAAUGAUAAUGUUUUGGCAAUCAAGCGUUCCUUGAAAGGCGAAAAGACAUACCUCUUGCUCGCCAAUGUAAUGGACAGCGAUGCUACAGUGGACGUGAGCGCAGCUUUACGUGUCAGCGGCGACUUCAGUACUAUCAUAUCCAAUAUGGAAUCGACAAGGACGCAAGGCGAUACUGUAAGCGCAACCGGCACAAUGUUAGGGCCUUUUGAGGCAAUUAUUGUGGAGUCGCAGUGAAGGCGCGUACAAUAAAUGUAAGAAAUUGUAGUAAAUUUUAUGAAGAAAUAAUAGUUGAAUUGAGUACUCAAAACCCGAAUUAAAAUUCUAUUUCACACUGUAUGAUUGUGAAUAUUUGAGUUUAAUAAUAAAAACCCAAAAAAUUAAAA